AUGGCAUUAGAGUUUGCCGCACCGACUUUGCACGAGCACUUGGCAAAUCCUCGGCAAGCGGCUGGUCGUGAGCAAGAGUGGGGCGGCUGUGACUCACAGCUGUCACUUGGCCGGCAGGAGCUUGGGCUGCGUGGGUUGGCCUCCUCGGAGGAGGUGAUGGUGAAGGUGGUGGCCUCGGAUGGGCACAGCUGGCUCAAGUACGGUCGGAAGAAAGUGCGCCAUUCGGGUGCCACCAGGUGCUACUACAAGUGCAGCAUGUCUAAGGCCAUCCCUCGCUGCCCCGCCAGGAAGACUGUCGACAUAAAAAGCCCCGACUCUAUUCAUGUCACCUACCGAUGCCGCCUCCACAACCACCCCGUAGUUCCCAACCGUCGCUCACCCUACUACCACCCUAACGUUCCUGUCGGCGAUACAAACUGCCGUGCCGACCACCAUAUCAACCUUACAGCUUCACAAGGUGUGGUUGGCCCUGCGGCACCUGGCACCGUUCAACCUGAUGCUUCUGGUGGGGAAUUGAAGGCGCUCGUGCAAGCUUUGCAGCAUGAGAGCGUGGGAGUGAUUGCUUCUGGCCACGGUGAUGAAGAGAUGGUGGUGGAUGAGGAGGAGCAGACAGCAGCUUGUGUGAAGAACAUUCCAAAGAAUCCCUUGCUCGUUAUUCCUUGUGAAGUGCAAGAAAGGUCGUUGCACCGUUCCCCUGAGUCGCUUCAGAAGGACGACCAUCGUGCAUGCGGAGUGGGGGAGAAUCCAGAACGUUUCUUUAGGUUCCACGUGCCACCGCGUGAGGGGAAAGAGGGGUUGGUGCAUAAUUCCUUUGGGGCGCCUCAAAAAGGGGACGGGAAUGAGGAGCUGGAGCACGGACGUUCAGAAGCCGUGCUGCCAAGACCACUGAGGCCUGUUGCGGUUGCUGCUGUGUCAGGCGGCUGUGCUGCUGUGACUGGCGGUUGUGCUCCUGUCACUGAAGGCUGUGCUCCUGUCACUGAUGACUGUGCUCCUGUCACUGAUGGCUGUGCCCCUGUUACUGACAUCUGCGCUGCUGUGACUGAUGGCUGUGCUCCUGUUACUGACGGCUGUGCCCGUGUCACUGAUGGCUGUGCUGCUGUGACUGACAUCUGUGCUGCUAAGGCUGACAGAUGUGCGGCAGUUACUAAAGGCCGGUCAGCAUCGCAUGCUCCUGGGCUUCUCACCCGUUGGGAUGCGCUGCAGGUGCUUUUUGAGUUGACACACAAUUCAUCUUUGGCUAGCAGCUAUUCUGCAUCCGAUGCUCCGGAGAUUCAAGCAGAGCGGGAUGCGCUGUCACAGCAGCAGCAGCAGCAGCAGCGGCGGCAGCGGCAGCAGCAGCAGCAGCAGCAGCAGCAGCAGCAGCAGCAGCAGCAGCGGCGGCGGCGGCGGCAGCAGCAGCAGAAGCGGCAGCAGCAUCUGGAGCUACAGCAGAACCAGCAGCAACAACCACCACUGAAGGAGCAGCAAAUGCAACUCAAGCAGCAACAUCAUCAUCAGUCACACAAUAUCACGGCUUUGCUGCUGUCGAUUGCGAAAUCUUCCAAAGAGCGCCUCGCGGCCCUAGACAUUCUCAGGACUGUGCCUGCUGCUGCGCCUGCUGCUGUGCCUGCUGCUGUGCCUGCUGCUGUGCCUGUAGCUGUGCCUUCUGCUGUAGCUGCUGCCGUGCCUGAUGUUCUUUCCAACCUUGGCGAUGCUGCUGAAACGAGAACUCCUCAUUCGCUCGUACCUGGGCGUGUCCGUAGGCAUCAGAAGCGCCCUGCAUCUUCCAUGGAUACACCUCCACCUGCUGCUCCUCCACCUGCCCUUUCCCGUGCCUCACAUGGAGGAUGA